AUGUCUAAAAAGGCAAAAGUGGCUUGUUUACCAAAGUCAGAGGGAGGCUUGGGUUUGAGGCGCUUGUCUGAAUGGAAUCAGACCCUAAAUCUGCGUCUCAUUAGGCUUUUAUUUUCAACAAGCGGCUCUCUGUGGGUAGCUUGGCACAGGUAUCACAAUACAUCUUUAGCCAACUUCUGGACUCAAAAUGAGAAUGCUGGCCAGUCAUGGACUUGGCGUGCACUGCUAAAACUCAGACCACUUGCAGAGAAGUUUUUACGCUGCACCAUUGGAAAUGGUAAAACAGCAAGCUUCUGGGGUGACAUUUGGACACCGUUUGGUCCUCUGCUCAAUUAUUUGGGGAUAAAUGGUCCAAGAGACUUAAGAAUUAAUAUUUUGGCAAAGGUGAGUGAUGUGUGCGACGGCGUCUCGUGGUCUGUCGCCAACCCGAGAUCGGAUCGAUCUAUGGCCCUUUGUGCUUAUCUCACUACAAUUUAUCUCCCUCUAAGUCAGGCUGUGGAAGACCAUUAUGACUGGGUUAUUGACGGAAAAAGUUUUGAGGGUUUCCCGACUGCAACAACAUGGGACACUCUAAGGCCUAGAGCAACAGAGAAAAGUUGGGCGUCGCAAGUUUGGUUUAAAGGGGCUACUCCCAGAAACGCCUUCACAAUGUGGAUUGCUACUUUGAAUAGGCUUCCGGUUAGAACAAGGCUAGUGUCAUGGGGGAUGCAGAUCUCUCCAAUGUGUGUUCUAUGCUCUUCUCAUCCAGAAUCGAGGGAUCACUUGCUGCUAACUUGUGAUUUCAGCUCAAUGAUUUGGGAAGAAGUGUUUCGUAGACUAAGCCCAAAUCGCUCCCUCUUUCUUCAUUGGACGGAGCUCUUAUCUUGGACAGGGGAUAGCUCUGUUCCCUCUCCACCAAUCCUUCGGAAACUUGUGGCCCACGCUGCCAUCAACCUUAUUUGGAAGCAACGAAAUAAUCUUCUCCAUAAUGCCAUCUCGAUCUCACCUUCUGCCAUCUUCAAGGAAUUGGAUAGGCACAUCAUUAAUACAAUAAAUGCCAGAAGACGUCAAAGGAAUUUCGAGAGUUUAAUGAGCCAUUGGCUCAGAUAA